AGGGCUGCUUGCUGGCAGCCGCCCGACAAGACGGGGCGCGGGGGGCGGGGGCGCGGCCAUGGGCAAGCGGGGCGACCGGGACCUCGAGGAGCCGACGCCGGACACCGACGAAGACGAGGAGGAGGGCGGGCGCGGCGCCCGGCGGGGCUGCCUUCGCGUCGCGCUCUUCACCCUCGCCGCGAGCGCCCUCUCCGCGUCGCUGCUCGCCGCCACCGCCGGCGCGCUGUGGGCGCCGGAGGCGCCGCCGGACGCACCCUUCUCCGGCCUCCUGCUGCUGCUCUGCGCGCUGCUGGGGGAGCGGUGCCUCCUGCUGACCGCCGAGGCGUUCGGGCUGAAGGUCUGGGUGGCCCUCCUGGCCUGCCUGCGUGCCGCCUCGGCCGCGCUGGGCGCGGCCCUGCUCCUCGCCCCGGCGCCGCAGGGCGCGGUGGACGCGGCGGCGGCCGCCUCGGGCGCCAGCGCGGCUGCGGCGGCGGGGGCUCCCUCGGAGGACGCCGCCCCGCCCGCCCCCGUCGACACGACGAUCGUGUGGUACGCGGCCUUGAGCGCGGUGGUGGCGGGGCUGCAGCUGGUGGCGCCCAGCCCGGCGCGGCCGCGGCGCCCGCCCAGGUGGGCGCGGGGCGCGCCGACCUGCGAGCAGUCGCUGGUCCUGCUGACGAUCGCCGCGGGCGCC